UUCAGGAACUCGUUGCAUGUGUUUAUUAUGAUAGUAAUGAACGCUACAUUGUUAUGUACACAUGCAGGGUUACGUUGACUGUCACUGUCAUAUCUCUGCGGGGGAUUUUGACAAGGACAUAGAAGAGGUGAUUGAGAAUUCAAAGAAGGCUGGUUUGGUGGCUCUAUUAGCUGUGGCCGAGCAUGCUGGAGAAUUUGACAAGAUCAUUGAGCUGUCACACAGGUUUCCCGGUUUUAUUUUCCCUUGUUUAGGAGUUCACCCUGUUCAAGAAGUUUCCCCAGACCAACAGAGAGGUGCUACUCUCCAGGAUCUGGAUGCUGCUCUACCUCUCAUAGAGAAAUACAAAGAUCACCUUGUAGCUGUUGGGGAGGUUGGUUUGGAUUUUACACCCAGAUAUGUGAAGAAUGAAACCGAUAAAGACAGUCAGCGGCAGGUUCUCAUUCGUCAGUCACAGAUAGCCAAGGAACUGGAUCUCCCUCUAAAUGUUCAUUCACGUUCAGCAGGAAGACCCACCAUCCACCUACUGAAGGAGCAAGGUGUUGAAAAAGUCCUGCUUCAUGCUUUUGAUGGGAAACCCUCUGUUGCCAUGGAGGGAGUGAAGGCUGGAUAUUUCUUCUCUAUCCCCCCGUCUAUAAUACGGAGUGAACAGAAGCAGAAACUCGUCAAACAGCUGCCGUUAGAGAACAUCUGUCUGGAAACUGACUCACCUGCUCUUGGUCCAGAAAAACAGGUGAGAAAUGAGCCAAAAAACAUCAGCGUCUCUGCCGAGUACAUCAGUAAGAUUAAAGGAGUGUCUCUGGAGAAGGUGAUGGAGGUGACGACGCAGAACGCACUCAGACUCUUCCCAAAGUUGAAGGCCGCAAUCCGACCCUGACACCCCCUAAAAAGUUAAUUUCAUUAAUCAAGAAGUAUCUUUAAGUAUAUGCCCACAAUUUUCUGUUUAAAGUUCCCUUGCAGAUACGUUUUAUGGCAUAUAAAAAUACUCUCUCCU